CAGCUGGGAGUGAGCACCAUGCCCAUCACCCAGGACAAUGCUGUGCUGCACCUUCCCCUCCUCUGCCAGUGGCUGCAGAACAGCCUGCAGGAGGGAGAGGCUGGGCCGGAGCAGCGGCUCUUCCAGGCGGCCAUCCAGAAGCUGCAGGAGUACAUCCAGCUGAACUUUGCUGUGGAUGAGAGUGUGGCCCCACCUGACCUCAGGCUCCCAGAAAUGGAGAUCUGUACUGUGUACCUCACCAAGGAGCUGGGGGACACAGAGACUGUGGGCCUCAGUUUUGGGAACAUCCCCGUUUUUGGGGACUAUGGGGAAAAGCGCAGAGGGGGCAAGAAGAGGAAAACCCACCAGGGUCCCGUGCUAGACGUGGGCUGCAUCUGGGUGACAGAGCUGAGGAAGAACAGCCCAGCAGGGAAGAGUGGGAAGGUCCGACUGCGGGAUGAGAUCCUCUCCUUGAAUGGGCAGCUGAUGGUCGGAGUUGAUGUCAGUGGGGCCAGUUACCUGGCUGAGCAGUGCUGGAAUGGCGGUUUCAUCUACCUGAUCAUGCUGCGUCGCUUUAAGCACAAAGUCCACUCUCCUUAUAAUGGCAAUAGUAGCAACAGCUCUGAACCAGGAGAGACACCUACCUUGGAGCUGGGUGACCGAACUGCAAAAAAAGGAAAAAGAACGAGGAAGUUUGGGGUCAUUUCCAGGCAUGCCACCACCAAAGCCACUGAAGAAUCCAAGAGUAGUGUUGGCUAUGACUUGGACAAUGAACCAAGCUCUGAGCUGGACAAUGGCCCAGACCCUGAACUUGGAAAUGGCCAUGUCUUUGAGCUAGAGAAUGGUCCAGAUACUCUCAAGGAGGUGGUUAGAUCCCAUUCAGAGAGAUCAGAAGUGGACAGAGGGACAGAGCACAGAAUUUCAAAGACUGAUACCCUUCUUCCCCUAAGUCAUGACAAACGCCGCCUCUCAAAAACCGGGAAGACGGACUUCCAGUCAAGUGACUGCCUGGCACGGGAGGAAGUUGGCCGGAUAUGGAAGAUGGAGCUGCUCAAAGAGUCAGACGGGCUGGGAAUUCAGGUUAGUGGAGGCCGAGGAUCAAAGCGCUCACCUCACGCUAUCGUUGUCACUCAAGUGAAGGAAGGAGGUGCCGUUCACAGGGAUGGCCGACUGUCCUUAGGAGAUGAGCUGCUGGUUAUCAAUGGUCACUUAUUGGUCGGGCUCUCCCACGAGGAAGCUGUGGCCAUUCUUCGUUCAGCCACUGGAAUGGUUCAGUUGGUGGUGGCCAGCAAGAUGCCUAGAACAGAUGAACCCCAAGAUCCAUGCAGCCCCGAGGAACCCAAAGGGAACUUGGAAAGCCCCAAACAGGGCAGCAGUAAAAUGAAGCUCAGGAGUCGUCUUUCAGGGGGUGUACACCGUCUAGAAUCUGUUGAAGAAUAUAAUGAGCUGAUGGUGAGAAACGGGGACCCUAGGGUUCGGAUGUUGGAGGUCUCCCGAGAUGGCAGAAAGCAUUCUCUUCCCCAGCUGCUAGACUCUUCUGGAGCCGCACAGGAAUACCACAUAGUGAAGAAGUCGACCCGCUCUCUAAGCACUACUCAGGUGGAAUCCCCUUGGAGACUCAUCCGGCCAUCAGUUAUCUCCAUCAUUGGCCUGUACAAAGAAAAAGGCAAGGGCCUGGGCUUUAGCAUUGCUGGAGGUCGAGACUGCAUUCGAGGACAGAUGGGAAUUUUUGUCAAGACCAUUUUCCCAAAUGGAUCAGCUGCAGAGGAUGGAAGACUUAAAGAAGGGGAUGAAAUUCUAGAUGUAAAUGGAAUACCAAUAAAGGGCUUGACAUUCCAAGAAGCCAUUCAUACCUUUAAGCAAAUCCGGAGUGGGUUAUUUGUCUUAACGGUACGUACAAAGUUACUGAGCCCAAGCCUCACACCUUGCUCAACACCCACACACAUGAGCAGAUCCAGCUCCCCAAACUUCAACGCCAGUGGGGGAACCUCGGCAGCUGGCUCUGAUGAAAGCAGUUCUUCAUCCCUGGGCCGAAAGACCCCUGGGCCCAAGGACAGGAUUGUCAUGGAAGUAACCCUCAACAAAGAACCAAGAGUCGGAUUAGGCAUUGGGGCCUGCUGCCUAGCUCUAGAAAACAGCCCUCCCGGCAUCUACAUUCACAGCCUUGCCCCAGGAUCAGUUGCCAAAAUGGAAAGCAACCUGAGCCGUGGAGAUCAGAUCCUGGAAGUGAACUCCAUUAACGUUCGCCAUGCUGCUCUAAGUAAAGUUCACUCCAUCUUGAGCAAAUGCCCGCCAGGACCCGUUCGCCUCGUCAUCGGCCGUCAUCCAAAUCCAAAGGUUUCCGAGCAGGAAAUGGAUGAAGUGAUAGCACGCAGCACUUACCAAGAGAACAAAGAGGCCAAUUCCUCUCCUGGCUUAGGUACUCCUUUGAAGAGUCCUUCUCUUACAAAAAAGGACUCCCUGAUUUCCGAAUCUGAACUCUCCCAGUACUUUGCCCAUGACAUCCCGGGCCCCUUGUCAGACUUCGUGGUGGCCGGCUCCGAGGACGAGGAUCACCCCGGAGGUGGCUGCAGCACUUCAGAAGAUGGCAGCUUGCCCCCCAGCACCUCCACUCACAAGGAGCCAGGAAAAGCCAGAGCCAACAGUCUUGUGUCUCUCGGAAGCCAGAGAGUCUCUGGGCUCUUCCAUAAGCAGGUGACCAUUGCCAGACAAACCAGCCUCCCUGGAAGCCCACAGGUCCCCCGAAAUCCUCUCCUCCGUCAGAGAAGGGUAGGUUGCUAUGAUGCUGAUGAUGCCAGUGAUGAGGAAGACUUUGAUGGAGAAGCGGACUCUGUUUCACUCCCAGGGACCCUCUCAGGUCCCAGCAGGCCUCAGACAGAGGAUGAUUCUGGGCAUGUCAUUCCAGCCUUGCCCAAGGUCAUGGAUGUCAACAGUCAACAGGAGCCACCCCGGAAGACACUGGUCAGCAAGGCAAUCUCCGCACCUUUCCUUGGUGGCUCACUGGACUCGGGGGAGAGUGUUCCAGGGGAUCUGGUGGGCUCUCGUUCCCAUGAAGCCAACCUGCUAGGCCCUACAGAGGGCCCCAAGGGCAGCCCUCGCUGCUCAGGGAAGAAGGAACCAUCAGAAGGGAGGAGUCCACCUCAACCAGAGUACAAAGGCAGCCCAGACACCCAAAGUCUGAAGAGCAUGGAGUGCCCCAGCUCCCCCCAGCCGAAGAAUGAACACCUGGGGUCCAGGCACAAGCCGGUGGCCAGGAUCAGCCCGCACUGCAAGAGGCCUGCAGCUGAAACCAGGCUCAGUGGCUCGGAGACAGCAGACCGGACAGGCAGAGUCGAUGAAUCAGAUAGUCCUGACUUGAAGGUCCAGGCUACAUCCUUAAAAGUGACCAUCACUGGUUUUCGGCCAGGUGGAACUGCGGAGAGGGAAUCUCUGGGAAAGCUGAUGGUCGAGGAUGCGUGUGUCCCUGCAGACAGUGAGCCAGCCAGGGCUCCGUCCCCCCUGGAGGCCGGCCACCUCACAGAGCGCCUGCCCAAAGCUGUACCAGUGGGGGUGCACCAGCCUGUGGAGGUGGUGCAGGUGGAGGUGGUGCAGGUGGAGGUGGUGGUGGUGGCAGUGCUGGUGGAGGUGCUGCUGCUGCUGAGCAGAAAAGUCUUUGCUUUCUCACCACUUGAGAAAUUUGUUAUCCUAGUUCUAAACGCAGGACUUGACAGCUCACCAGACCUCACCAUGUCCCCAGGGAAGAAGGGAACUUGCCCUGACCCCAGCAGGGCCUCAGAAGAUGCAGGCAAAACCUGUCUGCCUGAGAAGUCCAGCAAGCCAGCGUCACCCCAGGUCACCGAGUCCCAGGGCAGGCCUCAAGUCAGGCUGGUCCGAGACCUCAACACAUCCCCAGGGAAGAGGGCAGCACCUCAUCCUGACUUCAGCCAGACUUCAGCAGCAUCCGAAGCCAGUGCACCUGACAACACCAGGAAGCCAGCUGCCCUCAAGGGAGCAGAACCUGAGGUAGUGGAAGCGUCUCAAGCUAGUGCUGUCCUGUCACAAGACCUCGUCACGUCUGAGGAGAAGAGACAAGCAGUUCAAGGUAACCACAGCAAAGCUCUGGAGAAGACAGAAGUCUGCAUUUCUGAAAACUCCAGGGAGUCUACUCUGCUCAAGGGAGGAGAUUCUGUGUCUGAGAGGGUGCCACAUGCCAGGGCCUCCCUGGCGUCAUCCACUGAUAAGACCAAAGAGGUGUGUGGUGGUGGUUCCGGGCACUGCUGCCCACGGGAGAGGCCGGAGAGCCCCGUUACUGACAUUGACAGAUGCAUCAUGGAGUUGGAGGCUUCUGAAGCAAGACUUCAGUCUUCUCAGAAAGGGAACCAUGUGAGUCAAGGGGGCAGUUCUCAGGGUCAACUUCCAGCAAAAGCGGAGAGUGGAAGUUCCUGCCAUGCCAAGCUAGUCACGGAGAAAAGGACCUCCUCUCCAAGGAGGACCCGGGCUGCUGGUCCACCCCCUCAUCCCCAGUGGGCCUCCCAGCCUUCCAUUUUGGAUUCUGUUAAUCCUGACAAACAGUUUACUGUGAACAAAAACUUUUUGAGCAACUACUCUAGAAAUUUUAGCAAUUUUCAUGAAGACAGUACCUCCCUGUCAGGCCUGGGUGACAGCACUGAACCAUCUCUCUCAUCCAUGUAUGGCGAUGCUGAGGACUCAUCCUCGGAUCCCGAGUCGCUCACAGAAGCCCCACGUACUUCCACCAGGGACAGCUGGUCACCACCUCAUUCUCGCAGGUCAUCGCACAAGGAAGAUACAACAGAGUCUGAGGAGGAGCAAAUUGAAAUCUGUUCCACGAAUGGCUGCUCCCACCCACCCGCAGCGACUGCUCAUCGACCUGCCCAGGCCACACCCUACCCUGCGGUAGCCAAAGUUCUGCCAUUAAAACAUAGUGCUCAGAUUGAAUCCGUGGGAAAUCCAUGUGAGAGAGCUUCCUUUGUGCCAGGAGCAUCAUGCUUGCCAAUACCAAACUCUUCCCCGCCAUUUUCACUCUUGGAUAUAAGCUCUCCAGAGCAUGAAACUCUUGGGGAUGCAAGCAUUUCUCAGAGCCACAGGCCUUCGUGUGCAGAAGAGACUGUGGAAGUCACCAGCAUUGGCUCAGACGUGGAAAACAGCCAGCCUCGUAAAGUCCUCAGUCACUUUCAGGACCCCCCAGUCACUCUCUGCUGCCCUAGUUUGGUGAACGGUCUGGACUAUGACUUACUGGGUGAUGAAACCCCAAAUAAAGAACAAGACGCAAACGUUAAGGCAGCUGAAGAGGCCUCUUCCUUCGGUGUAGAUAUUCCUAAGAACUCUGUCUUGGCAAACCCACUCAUCUCUGAGAGCCAAGAGCCAGGCGACGUGCUACAGAAACCAAAAGUGACCUCCAGGAGGCCCAUCAUGGCUUGGUUUAAAGAAAUAAAUAAAAAUAACCAAGGUAUCCAUUUGCAGAGCAAACCUGUAAAAGAACUAUCCCCAGCGCCGACCAGAAGUCCUGACUCCAAAAUUCAAACGAUGAGCUCGAGCCACAGAAAAAGCAUUUCGGUGCCAAAUAGUCCUCAGCUGAAAAUGAAUCUUGAAAAUAAAGACCCGCCAAAGAAAAGCUCGGUGGAAACGCUUCUUAGUAACUGUCAGAGACCCAAGUCGGGACCGAAGCUGAAGAGGUUGAGCAUCAAAAGUAAGAGCAAAGUCAGCGGUGAGGCUUCGGCUGCCAAUACAGCCAAGGCUGGCGGGCUGGACCACCGGAAGUCCCUGACUUCACCACACACAGCCCAGAAAACGCUUUCUAGGGCAGCGGUGCAUCGGCUGCACGCAGGGGUCCGUGAGGAACCCGACAGAAAUGGCGCAGCCGCCGCCACGUGUACGCUGGAGAGCAAGCCACCCCUCGCUGCCUCUGGGGCACUGAGGUCCUCCGCGUCAGACACAAGCAUCAGACAAUUCAUCUCGCCCCUCACCUCCCCCAAGACUCUUCCGGAGCCAGGUGCGUGUAGUAGGAUCCAUGCAGCCUUUCACUCAGAAGCAGAGAGAAGUUGCCCGGCCGCCCCCAAGUCCUCCAGGUGUGGAGCAGAGAGUACGGCGCCCCCUGCUGGCCCUGGAGCAGCGAGUCCCACAGCAUCAAAUGGUAGCGCCUCCACCACAGGGAACAAGCGUGAGAUUCAACCUCCAGGCCAGAAAGAGUCCCGCCCGUGGGGCCCAACAGACUCAGCCUCGGAAGCAGCCCAGCCCAGGGUGGCUGCUGAGAAAGGAAGCGGAAUGAUUGCUAGCGAUGCCCCAGAGAGAACAAGGCAGCUGAAAAUCGUGGGCAUUCCUUCUGAGAGGAUGCCUAAGGGUUCAUGUGGUGACAAGCUAGCUGAAAGUGACAGGCGGGGAGGGGUCUUAGCCCAGAGCAACUGUCAGGAGAAGGGUGAGGUCAGACUCUGUCCCCAGUCAGUAGAACUGUCUCCUCAUUACACGUCCUUACCCACUUCUCAGGCCUCCCAUGGCGAGCAGGAAAUGCAGCGCUCUUCCAGUGUGGCCACACUGGCUUCCUGCUCCUCCCCCCAGCUGCCUGCUAAGAAAACAGAUUCCUGCCAGGGAAAAACAAGCCCAGUGGUGGAACCCCUGAGGGUGGCCAAGAACGUCACACCAGUGGGGACUGCAGUGGAUGAGCAGCCCUACUUCACACCACGACCAGCGACCAGGACCUACUCCAUGCCAGCCCAGUUCUCCAGCCACUUUGGACGGGAGGCUCCUUCCCUCCACAGCCCAGGCCGCUCUCAUCUGGACAGCCAGAACUCUGUGACAGGUGGUGGCUUCCUGGAGACAAAGCCACCCAAAGGUGGUGUCCUUGAUCUGGUUAAUGGGCAGAGUGUCUACAGUGUGAAGCCCCUGAUGGAGACUUCGAGGAACCUUCCCGCAAUGUUCCAAGGAGAUGCCCUGCCCAUCCCGGAGACAAGCUGCCUCAUCACAGACAGGAUCAGAGUCACCAGGAGGCAUUACUGCUACGAGCAGAACUGGCCCCACGAAUCUACCUCAUUUUUCUCUGUAAAGCAGAGGAUCAAGUCUUUUGAGAAUCUGGCCAAUUCUGACCGGCCUGCCGCCAAAUCCGGUGCUUUCCCUUCUUUGUCUGUAAGCUCCAAGCCCCCCAUCGGGAGACGCUCGUCUGGCAGCAUCCCUUCUGGGAGCCUCAGCCACCCUGGGGAGGCAGUGAGGCCACUGAGACGGAGCCUGAGUUCCUGCAGCGAAAGCCAAAGUGAGGCCUGCACCCUCAUGCCCCCAGUGACCAAGUCCCCUUCCAGCACGAUGCUGGCGGUCGCCCAGCACAUCCCAGUGGAGACCAGUAGCAAAGACCCUGAUUUGGACCAAAAGAAGUCACUGGGUCCUUCCGGAAUCCCCACCCCAACAGUGACCCCAGCCUCUCCCAUCAAGAGGAACAAGUCCUCGGUGCGCCACUCCCAGCCCUCGCCUUUGUCCCGCUCGAAGCUGCAGGAGCUGCGGGCUCUGAGCAUGCCCGACUUGGACAAGCUCUGCAGCGGGGACUACUCGGUGGAGCCCACUGCUGUGCUCUUCAAAACAGAGCUGGAAAUCAUCCCCCAGAGGUCACCCGGCAUCCCUGCUGGAGGCCUCUCUAGCCUCAGUGGAUCAGCGGGGAAUGGGGCCCGGCCAGGAGGAGACAGCCCUAAAGCCAGUGAGCCGAGUGCACCCAGUUCAGCCAAGGAUGGAAGGGAAACCACCCAGGAUCUGCCCUCUGGAAAAAGCUGGUCAAUCAAUUUGGAUCAGCUUCUUGUCUCAGUGGAGGACCAGCAAAGAUUACAGUCCAUCUUAUCAUCAGUGGGGUCAAAAUCUACCAUCCCCACUCUCAUUCAGGAAGCGAAGGCACAAUCAGAGAAUAAAGAAGACAUUUGCUUCAUAGUCUUGAAUAAAAAAGAAGGCUCAGGUCUGGGAUUCAGUGUGGCAGGAGGGAAUGAUGUGGAGCCAAAAUCACUCAUGGUUCACAGGGUAUUUUCUCAGGGGGCAGCUUCUCAGGAAGGGACCAUGAACAGAGGGGAUUUCCUUCUGGCAGUCAAUGGCAUCACAUUGGCCGGCCUUGCCCACAGGGAUGUCCUGAAAGUUCUCCACCAGGCACAGCUGCACAAAGAUGCCCUCGUGGUCAUCAAGAGGGGCAAUGAAGAGCCCAAAGCCUCCACCAGGCUGGAGCUGCCCACAGCCGACGGGAAGGGUCUGCUGUCCAGAAAGAACAUGACCCUGGAUCCUGGAAUUGGGAGAAGUACAGCUGUCCAUGAUGCCUUGUGUGUGGAAGUGCUGAAGACCUCUGCUGGUUUGGGAUUGAGUCUCGAUGGAGGAACAUCUUCCAUGUCUGGAGAUGGGCCUCUGUUCAUUAAAAGAGUAUACAAAGGUGGGGCAGCGGAACAAGCUGGAACAAUAGAAGCUGGCGAUGAAAUUCUUGCCAUUAAUGGAAAGCCUCUGGUUGGGCUCAUGCACUUUGAUGCCUGGAAUAUUAUGAAGUCUGUCCCGGAGGGACCUGUACAAUUAGUUAUUAGAAAGCACAGAAAUUCUUCAUGA